AUGGUGAGUGUUCCCCCGAGGUUGGUGCCCGGUGGCCGGAAGCUAGUGGACCACAUUUGCCGACCACCCCGCGCUCGGCCUCUCAUUCUCAAAGUUUCUCAGAACGCCGGGCAGGGAAUUCGCGGGGCUGGGCAGGGCCGGGCUAGGGCCGACUGCAGGGCGGAACCCUGGCGGCGCGGGCCUCCGGACCGAAGCCCAGAGAACCGAGGUUCCCAUGGGACCGGAAGCGGGAACCCCGGCCAUGGCCAGGAACCGACGGAGGGAGCGAGGCCGGCCCACAGCGCCAGCAUCCUGGCGACCAGGGCCUCGUUGCGCGACAACAGUAAUGAUAACGUUUCUUGGAAGCUGAAUGCAGAAGUGGAAGAAACCCUGAAGCGACUUCAGAACCAAAAGGGCGUGCAGGGAAUCAUUGUGGUGAACACAGAAGGAAUUCCCAUCAAAAGCACCAUGGACAAUUCUACAACUACACAGUACGCCAACCUCAUGCACAACUUCAUCUUGAAGGCACGGAGCACCGUGCGUGAAAUUGACCCCCAGAAUGACCUCACCUUCCUUCGAAUUCGCUCCAAGAAAAAUGAAAUUAUGGUUGCACCAGAUAAAGACUAUUUCCUGAUUGUGAUUCAGAAUCCAACUGAAUAA